AUGGAGAUAAGAAACAAAGCAAAGCAGAUCAUUGAAAGAGUUAUGGCCCAAAUUCAGACCACACCAAAUGCAUUAAAACCUGACAUUGUAGACGCCGUUUCAAAGCUAAAUAAAAUUGAUAAAGACAGCAAAAUGAAGGCAACCAUAGGGGUUUUUGGAAGAACAGGAGUAGGAAAAAGCUCUCUAAUAAAUGCAGUCCUAGGAGAAAAAUAUUUACUGCCUUCCAGUUAUAUGUCUGCAUGCACAUCUGUGAUUACACAGGUGGAAGCAAAUCUGAGCGACUCCAACUACACAGCAGAGAUUGAAUUCUUUUCUAAAGAGGAAUGGGAAAUUGAGAUUGUUUCAUCAGAAAAAAACGAGGAUAGGGACAACCUUAUAACAGAAAUUAUUAAAGAAAAGAUAAUUGCACUGUAUGGAGCUGAUGCAGGGAAGAAAACUUUGAAAGAGCUCAAGAAAGUGGACAAAUAUAUUGAAAUUAACAAUGUUUUGUCUACUGGGAAGAUGACAAUCUCGAACCAGAAUCUGUCUGAUAUUACCUGUGCAGUUGCUCAAUACAUAAAAGACGAUGAGUCAAAUCCUGGUGGCUGGUACUGGCCGCUUGUGAAGAGUGUAACAAUCAAGACUCCUAACUGUCGUGAACUCCUGGAGCACAUUGUCUUGGUUGAUAUUCCUGGUACUGGAGACUGCAACAAGAUCAGAGAUGACCUCUGGAGAUCUAAACUAAAGCACUGUUCAUCUGUGUGGAUUGUAAGUGACAUCAACCGAGCAGUCUCAGACAAAGACCCCUGGGAAAUAUUGGAGCACUGCAUUCAAGACUUGGGAGGAGGAGGAGAAUGCAAACACAUCAACUUCAUCUGCACCAAGACCGAUCAGAUUAAUUCAAGGGGAUAUCUUGCAAAUGAACAGCUUGAUGAACAAAUGACUGGACCAAAGGAUCUGAAAACAAAACGCAUACUUCAUAGAAACAGCCGUGCAAAGGAAGCAGUGAAAAGAAAAUUAAAAAAUGCUGGAAGCAGGGAUUCAAAAGAGAGAUUCAUCACUGAUGUUUUUACUGUAAGUUCUGAAGCAUUCCUGGAUCCAGAAAAUCCAGUUCUGGAAGCUACAGAAACCGAGAUUCCAAAACUGAGGGAUGUUCUGAAGAAUCUUAAUAAGAACAUCAACAGAAAACUGACCAGAGAUUAUGUCAAUGAAGCAAAAGGGGUUUUGUCUUUGAUCCAAGGUGUCCAACUGGAUGCAGAUGAAAAUAUGACAAAAGCCAAAGUCCACAGCGAUCUGGAGAUAAACCUACAUAGGGCACUGAAAGAGUUGAAAUGUCAGUUUGACUCGUGCUAUAAGACUCUGGAAGACUGUCUCUCAGCUGGAGUAGAAGAAUCAGUGAGAUCAUGUGUUAAGACCACACAAGACAUGAUCAAAUCUGCUCGACCAAAAGAUAACAGAGGUUUUCAUAAAAUUUAUCGAGCAAUGUGUGAGAGAAAAGGAUAUUACUGGCCAAAAGCCUGGGACGCACCUUUAGAGUUAAACACGUGUUUGAGCAAACACAUGUAUGACAACCUCGAUGAGGAGUUUGAAUUAAUAUUUCCUGUUGAUGAUAAUGUCAAGACAGGGAAAUCACUGCAAGAACAUCUUGAUAAGUUCAGCAUCAUCCAGAGUAACUCAGAUAAAAGAUCAUUAUGGCAAGAACACAUUGAGAACUUCAUCAAAACACAGGAAUACAAAGUGAAGGCAUCACUCAGCAGAGACAUUGUUGAGAUCAAGAAGGAAAUCUACUCAUCAAUUCAUACAACCAUUCAAAAGAAAAUGACACCUGGCUACAUAAAAGCUGCACAGGAGAGAGGAACAGGAGCCAUGCAGAGGAUGGAGAAAAUAGUAACAGAAACAAUUGAGCAGUUAAAAGAUCAAAUGUUCAAUGAAGCAAAAGUGAAAGUGACUGAUAUGUUCGAAACCUUGAAGCUGAAUAUAAUGAAGACCCUCGAAUCUGAGCUAAAACAUUCAGUGAAACUCUCGUUUUCACAUGCCGGACAAUUGAAAACGAAUGUCUCCGGAGAGAUUCAAGAGCUGGAGAGACUGUCAGAACAACUGUCUUCCUGAGUUUUCCUCAGCGUUUGCAAUGUUUGCACAAAAGACACAUCGACCAGCUGCUUGAAGAUCUCGUCUUUGGAGAAGACUGCUGAU